CGCUUUAGGAAGUGGUUACACUUGGCCAAUUCCUGGAGUGACAGUAGAGUCGAGUCAUAAUUAAACCUAAUCCGCUAUACUGCGCUUUAGGAAGUGGUUUCACUUGGCCAAUUCCUAGGGUGACAGUAGAAGUGAGUCAGCUUCCAAGGACGAAAAUAGUUCAAGCAUCACUUGAAUAAAGAGGAGCAUCCUAUCUCUAUUGAAGAAUCUUUCGCCAAAGGCAACGAAGGUCGAGGCAAGGAACAUCAAUCCUCCUCCACUACAUUACUAUGAACAAAGGAUGCGUGACGAAUGGAGUAACAAGGACGCUGAUCCAGAAGAUCUGAAGCUACUACAAAUGUAUGGAAUUUACCCAACUUUAGAGGAGAUGGAGCAAGCUUUCAAAGUUAUCGAUGUAAUACGUCGGAUCAAGUCAGAACCUCCUAGGAGGUUCAAUGGUAGCUCCAAAGAUGAAGGGCCAAAGCAACUGCUAGAAAAUGCUCAUAUCAUCGAGGAGCACCCCGAAGUUGAUAAAAGACAUUUCAGUGAGAUGCAUGAAGGUUUUGGAGAAACGAAGGAGCACAAAUGGCUUAUGGAGCACGACGACUUUGUGGACCAUGGAGAGAAAGAAGAUCAUCUUAAUGCGAAUUCAUUAGACGAGGAAGAAGAUGGAUGAUUUCCCACUUCUCUACAUAUUUUGGCAAAACCGUCAUGAACUUGAUUGUACCAUCCGUGAAAACAUACCACUUGUCAAACUAACAUAACAAUAUAAACUGGUUUGCCAAGCUUCAUUCAUAUUGAUUAAUUAAGUCAAGGAUCAUAUGUAGGCUGAUUAAAAACUGAAAUCUGGCCCAAUCGACUCAUUUGAAUGAAAUUAGAAGUUAAAACUAAUCUCUAUCAUCAAUUCCGUGUAGGUCAGAAACAAUUAAAGAAGCUUCAAUCCUCUCGUUUUUGUUCAUCUAUUACAAACAACCCAAAACAGUUUCCCCAAUUCGUUUUCAGGUUUUGAUCUUGCAAAAGGGGAAAAGACGAAGCGCAAUGGCAGGAGCGGCAAACAAGUUCUUUGUUACCUCAAUGUUCAUAUGGAUGGCUCCGAUUGCUGUCCUUUUCGCCUUCAACCACGAUUUGCUUCCCGGUAAAUCCGCUUCUCUCUCUUUAUUUCGUUUGCGCCAAAAGUCCACUGGUUCUCGUAGCAAUAUUUACGCUUCACCCGCGACUUCCAAUCCAGAGGGUGUCAUGAAAUGAUUAGAAGAAGGAGAAGAAGAGAUUAUUAACUAUCGUCAGGAAUAUUGGCGUGAUCCAAUUUUACUCCCUGCCUCUUUGAUUUCCUACUCCUACUGGUUUGAGAUCGAAAUGGAUCUUUCGUGAUCCGACCUCGUUGGUUUGGUGAACGAACAAUGGGAGUGGAAAUGUGUUUUUGGUUUGAACACAGUAGACAGCGAUAAUCCGCUUGGAUUCCGCCGAACUGAAAUUUAAUAGAGUCUGGUUUGUUGUUCGAGUGGGAGGUCAUGAGUGUGCUGCUUUAAAAGGGUUAAAAUUAGGUGCCUAAUAUGGAAAUCAGGUUCAAGUAGCUAGUUGAUUGUUCCUGUCAUCUUCUCGUCAUGAUGAACACAGAAAGUGUCCUUUUGGCUGCUUAAUAGUUUUCACCUCUGUUCCCUUGUUUAGUCUUUAUAGAAAAAAAGGAAUGCAUCCCUGUAUUGAUCUACAGAUCUGUCCUUUGAUUAUCAACUUUUAAUGUACUUGGUCGCUUCUCUGUUUGGAAUGUCUCGUCGUGUUUCUUGCAUGAAUCUAGUACAAAAAUUCGUGUAUUCUGAGCCAGUACAUGUGAUAGGUUGCAAUAUUACAUUCGUAUAGCUCAAAAGUUGAUUACACUCAUCCUUACCAUCCACGUAUAAAGCAGAUGAUUUCUUACAGGUACAUGGCUAUGAAACAAGGUAGCUUCUGUCCUUACCAAAAUAACGUACAUGUAGUUUGCUGCUACUUCGUUUCCUGGCAUAUAGGUUGAGACAAGAGUAAGGAAGCCGUGGUGAAAUCUGUCCAUCUUGUGGCCUGAUUUCAUUGUUGAACAAUCAAUCUAAGCUCUCUUAUUGACAAGAUGUGAUGUGUCCCGUGACAAACCUACCCAAGCAAAACCAUAUAUGCCUAAACCUACAAGUGUGGUUGAGCUGAAACCAUCACUAGAAUGAUGGAAAAGAGUCUGGGUGUCUCUACUGCGAGACAAAGAAAAAACUCAUUUCUAUGUUAGGGAGAAGAAAGCUUUGGUUCUGAAAGCCAGAUUGGCAACAUAGUGCUCUCUAGCUAGCUAAAUUUUGUGGUUUUGACUUGUGUAUAUAUUGAUUGUUGGAUCCUGUACAGGGUUGAGCCAAUUAUCACCGCAUACUCUAACCUUGCUAAGCGGAUUGGUGGCCGUGGUGUCAGUCAAUAUAGUUAUGGGAUUCUAUAUCUAUAUCGCAGUGAAGGACAAGCACGAACCAACCUCUGCAGCUGAGGCCAAAGCUAAUUUGACCAAACUAAACAAAGGUAAAACAGCUUCAAGGGCGUCCAAGAAAGACUAGUAGAUAUUCAGCCCUCUAGCUAACACAAUGAAUACAGUGGAUGUUGUUGAAUGCUCUGUUGGUAUUCUUUUCGAGCCGACUAUAAUCAGUUCUGAGCUCUGUUUUUCUAUAAUGUAUCUACGCAGUGCACCACGAUUGCACUCGAUUUGUUGUAACUUGUCUUCUUUUUUUUGAUUGAGUUGUAACUUGUCUUCCUAUAUCAACGUUGGAAUCAAUAUCAGCUUCUUUUUAUCGUUUCUUUAUGAGUUAAUACUCUAGUUUGGUCCGAAGUUUAACAUAAGUGUCAAUUCUGAUUCCAUUAUUAGUUCAAUAUCAACUUCUUUUUACCAACGACCCUCCCCCUCUACUCCGCCACCAUUCCUGAAAUGUCUUCGAUCCGUCUGACCUAGGGGUGUUCAAACGGUGUGGUUAUUGUGAUAAACAUUUUAACCGGUA